CUAGUGUGCUUCCAAUUAAACCUGUUGGACUAUAACCUGGUGUGUGAUUUUUGAAUUUAAUAAAGUAUUAGUCAUGAUGGGAUUACAGGUCCGAAUGCAUUUUAACAGGAAUUAAUGCAAUUUAUAUUUAAUGUAUUUGCUGCUUGUUAUAGUUCAUAAAGAGUAUAUAUCAUUUAUAUAAGCAUAUAAAGAUAUUUUAAUUUUAUCAACCAGCAAUUCACUAUCUUCUGCUUUUGGAAGUACAGUAGUAUCUAUUUCAAUAACAAUGACGUUUCUGAAUGUAAUGAGGGUGAAAUAAUAUAAAUCAUACUGUUAUAUUUCACUUCUGCACCCGAUUGUCCACAAAAUAAGUAGCAUUCACUCUGUUCUUCCUUCCAGAAAAUCACGAAUCCCACUAGCGUUUUGUUUAAAAAAAACUAUUUGGAGCAAAACAUUUGCAAACCAAUUGGCUCACGUUAAUUUUAGGUUUAUAUUUUAGUAUAAGGCAUGGCCACAUAAUUUAUUAAUGCUGGAACAAGAAUGAAUUUGCAGAGCAUAGCAAAUCCGCAAGAGAUGCUAGUCACAAAACAAAAUGAGAACUUCCAUGAUUUGCUGUUCUGCUCCUGUCAAUGCUUCUUUGUCAGCCUCAGCAGAGAACAGUGUGUCUGACAGGGAUAAUAAUACGAUUCGAAUUCUCAGAAGCUGUUGCUAGGACACCGACACACCCAGCGUUCUGACAGGUGGGAGUGGAAGGAAUGUUAUUUUUCAAGACCAGCUCUAGCUGCUGCUGAAAAUUGUGUGAGGGCACGGCCAGGCGCAAUGAAACGACGGGUCCACCCGGAAGAAAUGUGGGAACCGCACAAAUUCAUGACUAGCCUUAACUUUUCAAUGCCACACAACAUAACCAGUCAAAAAGUUUUCAAAUAUAUCAUGAUGGUUGUGAUCAUUGUCGCGGCUUUCUCCUGUGUGUCCCUCCUUUCGUCCCGAGUGUCAGAUGGAAAUCUCUAUAAGAAAAGUUCUGAAUGGCAUUUCCAUGAAAGAAAUUCAAGAUUAAGGAGGGAUGAUGACAGUGAAUUCCGGGGAAUGUCCGCCAGCUUGCCACAUAUAUCACAGGCUUUCUCAACACCUUUCACAGAUCAAACCGUCGGUGAAGAAGGAGUAAUUGUUCCAGUUUUCUUCCACGUUUACUCUAUAGGCCAGUCUCUUCAGUGCCUAACUCAGGAACUCUUAUCACAAAGUCUUGUGGAUCCAGUGUUUCAGUGGACAGGCCCAAAUGGACUGAUUACCAAAGAAUCUCAGAGAUUCAUCUUCACCGACAAUGGAAACUUGUUGUUUGACACCAUUUAUGUAGUGGAUUCUGGAAAUUAUACCUGCAACCUCACGUACACACUCGACCUAAAACGAAUAUCAACCCUGGUCAGGUAUACAGUCUAUGUGUAUCACAAUCCAAAGAAAAGUGUUCGCCUAGAAGCUGAUUUCUACACAACUAAAUGCAACAACAAUGAGAUAACUAAGUUUGAGAAACAUUUGCAGAAACAGCUGGAAGAUGCUGUCCAUGACCUGCAGUGUGAAGUGCACCAUUGGAAUUCAGCCUGUCACAGCAUCAAACCAUCAAAGACACCACUGAGUCAUAUAUUUAAUUUCCAAUUCAUUGUAUUUCCAUUUGCACUUGGCUGGGCUGAUCAGUGUAAUGAUUCACAGUGUGACCAACAGUCUGAAGAUCGUGUCAAAAAGGCAUACACACGAAUCAGAUCAUUCAUUGAGGACUACCCCUUUAAAGGAAAAUUCCAAAAUAUUCAAUAUAUCGCUAACUCUUUAAAUGGUGUGAAGGUGGAUCACUGCAAACCAGGAUUUGGCAAAAACAUCAUAACAAGUGAUAAGUGUGUAGGAUGUUGUGUUGCAUGUCCACCUGGACACUUCAGUGCAAGACAAGAUACUAUCUGCACUCCAUGUGCCUUUGGUUCAUUUAACAAGCAUUAUGGAAAAACUGAAUGCACAAACUGCCCAAGAAAUGAAGCUACUGACAGAAGUGGAGCAACUUCUCAACAGGAAUGUCACUGGAUUAUGUAUCCAUGGAUAUUACCUGUGGCAUCAUCAGUAGGAACUUGCAUCUUUCUCAUUAUCCUUUUGAUAAUAUGCUGGAAGUAUCGCAAGUCACCAAUGCAGAGAAAAUGUGUUCAGGUGAAAAAGGGAGAAGUAAAACAACAGGUGAAAACACUGGCAAACAUAAUAAGAAGUGUUGAUCUACUGGAACAGAAAAGCAAGUUAAGACCAUCUGAAUUUAUUGUUAGGCAUUCACCAAAACACAGAGUGGGAUUUUCAGAUGAUCAAUGCAUUGCUUUACUAAGUGAUACUGACACAGAAACAUGUAAGACAUCUGGCUCUUUACAAUCUGGUGAAAGCACGUGCCCAGAAAGCAGCUUUGAGGAAUGCAGAUCUCCAUGCACAUCAGAUGAACCCUGCUUUAUCUCAAGGAAUUCAACUCCACAGAAGGUAGCAGCUUUCCUUCGGCAUGGAAGGUAGUAGUUCUCAGUGAUGGUUUAAUUUGUGCAAAAGUCUCUAUAGAUGUGAAAUAUCACACUAUUAAUCUGUAAAUUGCUGGAUAUUUUGUAAAUGUCCUUCUUUGAGAGUGUUGUUACUGUAUAUAAUGGUGAAGGAAAAGAAGCUUCUAUUUAAGAUUUAAAUAAGUAUCAUCUUAAUGUAUUGUCUUAAAGAUUUUGAUUCAUCAUUAUUUAACAAAAUAAUGUUAUAUAAAUGGACACGUAAGGAUGGGAAUGCUCAUGCUUUGGUAUAGCCAAUGUUGGUUUGUUAACAUUACUGAUGAUGAGAUUUCCCAUUUGGUUAAAAUAUCAGAUGGGGAAUGGUGAAGAUUUAAGGGUUCUAUCUAAAGAUUAAAAUAUAGACUUCUGAGUAUUCUCAAGAAUUUAAGACACUCUCAAUGAAAAACUCACUGUCAAUUUUUAGACCUAUUAUUCCAUCUCAACUUGAUAAACCUGCCUAUUUUUAACAAACUAAAAAUGCCUUUUGUUUCUGAAAUUAAUGAUAAUAUCUUUGCCUGAACCAUUUUUAUUAAAGUGUCAAACACAUUUUCUCUCAUUCCGUUAGGAUUUCUUAUAAAUGAUUACUUCAAUUUAAGUGAACUUUUUCAAACCUAAUACAUUAUAUAAUUCUAUUCAGCUUAAUUUCUUUUCCAAAUAUAAUUUCAUGUACAGUGAAACUACUAGGAAGGGAAACAAAAUGCUUGUAUUAAUAACACAAGCCAAAAUAAAAUUAAACUGAAUUUUUAAUGGAAAUUCCAUAUAUGAUUGAGAAUGAACUUAAAUGGUCUAUUGAGCUUGAAAAGUUUAGAAGUUACAAACUAUACACCAAUUACUCAGUGCCAUAUCAGGGCAAACUAUUGUUUUUAACCAAAAUAUGUUUAGAGUAUUUGUCUCUAUAAUCUCUUAAAAAUAUAGCUCUUCAUAUUAAUUUCUGAAAAAGCUCGUUUGGCUUAUGAGCCUCACCAUGUCAAGCUGCUAGGUCUUGCUCAGAAGUCGAUGAUGUAAGGGCUGUCUUGUUGCUCCUUUGUUGCUAAAAUGGGGUUUUGCAGCAAUACCAUGAGAAAUACACGUCAGAAGAGACAUUC